AUGGAGAAGGACAAAAGCCUUGUGUGGGACUGUGGCAGCUCUCUCUACGACUCUUUCGAGCUCAAGUCCUUCAUGCAGCAGCUGGACUCCGCGAUCACCUCCCGGACCAUGUCGAUGCCGCACUUGUCCGGGACCUCUCAUCCGCCUCCCGCGCAGGCCCGGAAGAAGUCCUCCAAGCUCUUCAGAUCAGUUCACAGGCUUCUCCGGUCGGUGCUCCACGUUCCAUCCAUGCUCAAGGUUCAAGUUCGGUCGCACGAACACAAGGAUCGAGCACCGCACCGGAAGUCCGGUCGACUCGCUUCGAUUCCGGAGAUCUCGGAGAAGGAAGCGGCGGCUUCCCCGGAGAUCCGCGCGUCGGUGAGGAAGACCAUGUCAGCACGCUUCACCAGCGCGACCGCACCGCCGCCGCCGGCGUUAUCAUGA